AGUGGCUAGCUUACUAUCAUUCCUAUUCCCCCGAGCUUUCAGGGGGUGAAGCAGGGUCUGACGAAUGAAUGACCAACCUUUUGGAAGAAAGUUCUUUCCUGGGCGGCUAGAGUCAGAGAAGCAAAAGGGGAGGGCUGGUCGGUGGGGGAAGAGGCCCACCUCCAAGAAGCUUCUCUCCACCCGGUGGUCAGAACAGCCGGGAGCGCCCGGAAGCCGGCCGGCCCGCGCCCAGCCGACCAAUGCGGCCGCCCGGGGAGAGGGGGCGGCCAGCCAGCCCUUUCCGUCUGGGGCUCCGGCGGCCCCGCCCCUUGUGCGUUGCGCCGCUCGAGCAUUCCACGGUUGCUACAUCGUCGCGAGGGGCGGGGCGCCUGUCAGGGAAGCGGCGCGCGCGCCGGCGCGGGCGGGCUGGGGCUCGGCCGCGCAGUGCCAGCGCCAGCACCAGACCCGCGCCCCGCGCUCUCCCGACCGCCGCCUGCGUUCUGGCUCGAGAGUCCGAGCUCCCUCCCGCCGGUGCGCUGCCCGAGUAUGGAGCUGCUGUGCUGCGAGGGCACCCGGCACGCGCCCCGGGCCGGGCCGGACCCGCGACUGCUGGGGGACCAGCGUGUCCUGCAGAGCUUGCUCCGCCUGGAAGAGCGCUACGUGCCCCGUGCCUCCUACUUCCAAUGUGUGCAGAGGGAGAUCAAGCCGCACAUGCGGAAGAUGCUGGCGUACUGGAUGCUGGAGGUCUGUGAGGAGCAGCGCUGUGAGGAGGAAGUCUUCCCCCUGGCCAUGAACUACCUGGAUCGCUACCUGUCCUGCGUCCCCACCCGAAAGGCGCAGUUGCAGCUCCUGGGUGCGGUCUGCAUGCUGCUGGCCUCCAAGCUGCGCGAGACUACGCCCCUGACCAUCGAAAAACUGUGCAUCUACACCGACCACUCUGUCUCUCCCCGCCAGCUGCGGGACUGGGAGGUGCUGGUCCUGGGGAAGCUCAAGUGGGACCUGGCAGCAGUGAUUGCCCAUGAUUUCCUGGCCCUGAUUCUGCACCGGCUCUCUCUGCCCCGGGACCGACAAGCCUUGGUCAAAAAACAUGCCCAGACCUUCUUGGCCCUCUGUGCUACAGAUUACACCUUUGCCAUGUACCCGCCAUCCAUGAUCGCCACGGGCAGCAUUGGGGCUGCAGUGCAAGGCCUGGGUGCGUGUUCCACGUCUGGGGACGAGCUCACAGAGCUGCUGGCAGGGAUCACAGGCACUGAGGUGGACUGCCUGCGGGCCUGUCAGGAGCAGAUAGAAGCUGCGCUCAGGGAGAGCCUCAGAGAAGCCGCCCAGACCUCGCCCAGCCCAGUGCCCAAAGCCCCCAGGGGCUCCAGUAGCCAGGGGCCCAGUCAGACCAGCACUCCCACAGAUGUCACAGCCAUCCACCUGUAGCACCGGAGAGGCCCCCUCCAGUGGCCACUGGCAGCAGAGGAGGGGACACUGCCACCCCCCCCUCCCUGCCUGCAGGAACGAACCACGCCACAUCUGAAGCCUGAGGGGGCUCUUUCCUAUUUGCCCCUUGCAAAGCAGAAGGGGUCAGGCCCUACCUAUCCCUGCAGUGUGCACUAAGGGGCCUGGCCAGCCAGCCGUGUUUGGGUGGCCAGCCAGGCUCCUCUUUUUCUCUGCAUCUGACCAGCUCUGCUCCUUCCCUGAUCCUAGCUGGCGGUGGGCCAGGCUGGUCAGAAAUGAAAUUGAAGUAGAUAAAAUACAUGUACCAGCAUUCCUUUUUGAGGCCCCCUCAUAUCUGGGGCUCUCACGUUCUCAGAAGCCAACAUGCCCCCAGUGCCUUAUAAAGGUGUCGCACCUUACAGAGUUCUUGCAUUUGGAUUGGGGUCUUUCUGAAGAAGUUUCAGAUAUUCUGAUAGACAUGUGUGAGGGGUAACAGUCUGGACAGCUCCUCUUGACAUACUUUGGAGGCCCCUGCAUAGUCCAUGCUCACAGCUGCUCCCAGAGGGCCAGACCAGGCCUCUGUCAGAGGGGCAGAACCAACCAAUUCCUCCUUGCUUUGCUUGCCGCUCAGCUUCUCCUGUGUGAUUGAGGGGGGGUCAGUGCUGAAGGAAGAGGUGGUGUUAAUUUAUUAAUUGUUUUGAGGACAACUGUAAGAGGGUGUGGUGGGGCCCAUCUACCCCACAAGUGGUGGUAACCCUGGUGGUUGCUGCAUCCCUCCCCUCUGCUACUGGCUAGAGGAUCUUUGUGGCCGAGGAGCUGCUACAGCCUGGGGUGGGGCCAUGCCCUCCUCUCCCUCUGGCCCUCUGCCCCAUCCUCUGGGGGUGAGGGAUGGAGCAGGGAUAAACUGGAGGUGACUGAGCCCCUGUCUGGAGAGGGAGGCAAGCCCUGUUGACACAGGUCUUUCCUAAGGCCACAAGGUCCAGGCUGGUGGCCCAGGACCAUCAUGCUACCUUAAUAAAGAUUCUGGAAUAAA